AUGUCAUUCGAUAGACCAGAAAUAUAUAGUGCUCCUGUAUUACAGGGAGAAUCGCCAAACGACGAUGAUAACACAGAAAUUAUCAAAUCCUUCAAGAAUUUCAUUUUGGAGUUCAGAUUGGACUCACAGUUUAUUUACAGAGACCAAUUGAGGAAUAACAUCCUUGUCAAAAAUUAUUCCUUGGCGGUUAAUAUGGAACAUUUGAUUGGGUACAACGAGGACAUAUAUAAGAAACUGUCCGAUGAACCUUCAGAUAUCAUUCCAUUAUUUGAAACUGCAAUCACACAGGUGGCCAAAAGAAUUAGUAUUUUGAACAGAGCCCAAACCGGUAACAAUAAUCAAGAUGCAGAUGGAACUAAUAUAGAUGCAGAUUCUCUUUUAUUGAAUUCCUUACCGACAUUUCAAUUAAUUUUGAAUUCCAAUGCAAACCAAAUCCCUGUAAGAGGUUUAGAUUCCGAACACGUCUCUAAAAUUGUCCGUUUAUCAGGUAUAAUAAUAUCGACAUCGGUUUUAUCUUCCCGUGCCACCUACCUCUCCAUAAUGUGCAGAAAUUGUAGGCAUACAACAUCCAUAACGAUGAACAAUUUUAACUCUAUCACGGGAAAUACUGUCAGCUUACCACGUUCAUGUUUAUCCACCGCUGAGAGUGAAUCUUCCAUGGCCAACGAGUCAAAUAUUGGUGAUGAAUCGACCAAAAAAAACUGCGGUCCUGACCCAUAUAUUAUUAUUCAUGAAUCUUCAAAAUUUAUUGACCAACAAUUUUUGAAAUUACAGGAAAUUCCAGAACUGGUUCCAGUAGGCGAGAUGCCAAGGAACUUAACAAUGACUUGUGACCGCUACCUGACAAACAAAGUUAUUCCUGGUACAAGGGUUACUAUCGUCGGCAUAUACUCCAUCUAUGAUUCCAAGAAUGGUGCUGGAUCCGGGAGAAGCGGUGGAGGAAAUGGAGGAAGUGGUGUUGCUAUCAGGACACCCUAUAUCAAAAUAUUAGGUAUUCAAUCUGAUGUGGAAACUUCCUCUAUUUGGAAUUCGAUAACCAUGUUUACCGAAGAAGAAGAGGAAGAAUUUUUGCAAUUAAGUAGAAACCCGAAGCUCUAUGAAAUUUUGACGAACUCUAUAGCGCCCUCUAUUUUUGGUAAUGAAGACAUAAAGAAAGCCAUUGUUUGUUUACUGAUGGGAGGCUCCAAGAAAAUCUUACCCGAUGGGAUGAGGUUAAGAGGUGAUAUUAACGUUCUAUUAUUAGGUGAUCCAGGUACCGCAAAGUCUCAAUUAUUGAAAUUCGUGGAAAAAGUGUCCCCCAUUGCGGUCUAUACAUCCGGUAAGGGUUCUUCCGCGGCAGGUUUGACUGCCAGUGUACAAAGAGAUCCAAUGACGAGAGAAUUUUAUCUGGAAGGCGGUGCCAUGGUUUUAGCAGAUGGUGGUGUUGUCUGCAUUGACGAAUUUGAUAAGAUGAGAGACGAAGAUAGAGUGGCUAUUCAUGAAGCUAUGGAACAACAAACCAUCUCCAUUGCCAAGGCGGGGAUUACUACGGUGUUAAAUUCUAGAACUAGUGUUUUGGCAGCAGCAAAUCCUAUCUAUGGUCGCUAUGAUGAUCUGAAGUCCCCUGGUGACAACAUUGAUUUUCAAACCACUAUCUUAUCCCGUUUCGAUAUGAUUUUUAUCGUUAAAGAUGUCCAUAAUGAAGAACGUGAUAUUUCUAUUGCCAAUCAUGUUAUAAAUAUUCAUACAGGAAACGCAAACGCUAUUCAAAACCAGCAAGAGGAAAAUGGUUCGGAAAUAAGCGUCGAAAAAAUGAAGCGUUAUAUAACGUAUUGCAGAUUGAAAUGUGCACCAAGACUUUCACCGCAGGCCGCUGAAAAACUAUCUUCAAAUUUCGUCACCAUUAGAAAGCAACUAUUGAUUAAUGAAUUGGAGUCAACCGAAAGAUCUUCCAUUCCAAUUACUAUUCGUCAAUUGGAAGCUAUCAUAAGGAUAACGGAAUCGUUAGCUAAGCUAGAAUUGAGUCCUAUUGCACAGGAAAGACAUGUUGACGAAUCUAUUAGAUUAUUUCAGGCAUCCACAAUGGACGCUGCUUCCCAGGACCCAAUUGGUGGCUUGAAUCAAACAAGCGGAACAUCACUAUCAGAAAUUCGUCGUUUUGAACAAGAGUUGAAAAGAAGAUUACCUAUUGGUUGGUCUACUUCUUAUCAAACUUUAAGAAGAGAAUUUGUGGAUACACAUAGAUUUUCUCAGUUAGCCUUGGAUAAGGCCCUGUAUGCGUUAGAAAAGCAUGAAACAAUUCAAUUAAGGCACCAGGGUCAGAACAUUUACAGAAGUGGAGUAUGA